UUGCAAAAAAAAAAAACCAAACCAAAACAAACAACAACAAAGAAAAAAAAUCUUUGGAAAAGUUUCAGAUAGCUCGGAGAGUCAGAGACAGAAGUGAGAAAAGUAGAGGAAUUAAUUUAAAAAAAUAUUUAAAAUACCAUUUGCUCAGCUAUAACAGAACACAGAAUUUACGUCUUUCUCGGCCAAGUUCAGCUGACUCCUUUUAAAAGAGGAGUUAAUUGAGAUGGGGCAGAAGGACAAACUCAGAUAUUUUAGGAUUGCUCUUUGCAAGUGGCACAUCCAGGGAAAUCUGGUGCUGAACGUGGUUCUGCUGCCAUCUGAUCCAGAUUUCCAGCGCCGGGAUGUAUCACCCUGCAAAUUGCAAAACUCGGGAUUAAGAAACGCUCCUUGUAAAUGUGCCAGCCCAGCUCCUUAAAAGGCUCCCAGAAAAGAUGAGUCACUGCUUAAAUGGCCACUCGGUGCAUCUGCAGAACACUUCGGGUUAAAUUCCCUGGAAUUGUCAGGGUUCCUUGGGAAGCUGCUCUGGGGGGCAGAGACAGCAGAAAUCCUGGAGGAGAGGAGGUGGCAUCAACCCAGGAGGAGCAUGAGGGGACAGGAGAGGUCCCAGAGCCAUCCAGAGCAGUGAGGAGGAGGAGCACAGAGGCUGCCCCAGGAAGCCUCCCACUUCCACAUCCCUGUGCCUGAUUUGGAGCAGAAGCACAAGGUACCUCUCAUUGUGUUUGGACUCCUUGUUUACAGAAGAGUGAUGGAGAUGCUAUUAAGCACAAAAGGCAUCACCAUAUGCCUGUUUUUCUUUGUAUUGAGUUUGGCAGCAGCUAUUGAAAUACCAUUAUCAGUUUCCCAGCUCCCAACAAUCACGGAGCAAUCCCACGCCCAGGUUGCCUACCCCUUCGAUGAGGACUUCACCAUGAAAUGUGAAGCCAGAGGAAACCCCCAGCCCACCUUUAACUGGACCAAGGAUGGAAAACCGUUUGAUUUAUCGUCUGACCCGAGGAUAGUUCCAUCCAACAACUCUGGGACUUUUGUGAUCCAAAAUCGAGGGCUCAUCAACAAUUUCCAAGGGAAAUAUCGCUGCUUUGCAUCCAACGUGCUGGGAACUGCCAUGUCAGAAGAAAUCGAGCUGAUUGUUCCAAGUGUACCAAAGUUCCCCAAAGAAAAAAUCGAGCCUCUGGAUGUGGAGCAUGGAGAUUCUGUGAUCCUGCACUGCAACCCCCCGAAAGGCAUCCCCCCUUUGCAUAUCUACUGGAUGAAUAUUGACCUGCAGCACAUCCCACAGGACGAAAGGGUCUCCAUGAGCCUGAAGGGAGAUCUCUACUUUGCCAACGUGGAGGAGAGCGACAGCAGGAGCGAUUAUUGCUGCUUUGCAGCCUUCCCCAGGCUCAGGACCAUCGUGCAGAAAAUGCCCAUGACGCUGAGGGUGUCCCGCUUAAAGCAUGCUAAUGACUCAGGCUCACCUAACGCUGCUGUUACUAAGGCAAAUUUUAUCAAGGAAAGGAAACCCAAACUGCUGAUCCCUCCUGAGUCUGCUGGGAGCAGCUCCUCAGUCACUGUCAUCAAGGGAGGUGUCCUGCUCCUCGAGUGUAUUGCUGAAGGGCUCCCAACUCCUCAUCUCAGCUGGGUCAAGGUCACGGGAAACAUGCCCAAGGAGGAGCCAGAGACAGAGAAUUUUGGGAAGACCCUGAAGAUUGAGCAAGUGACAGCAGCUGAUGAGGGGACGUACCAGUGCACGGCCAGCAACCCCCUGGGCAGGGCCAGGCAUGAGUUCCACGUGCAUGUGGAAGAGCCUCCCCAGUGGCUGAAGAAGCCCGAAGGUGGCGUCUACAGCGUGGGGACAAACCUGGUGCUGCUGUGCGAGGCCAUCGGGAACCCCGAGCCCAGCAUCCAGUGGAAGCUCAACGGGAUGCCCAUCGAUGGCAGGACCUUCCGCGGGAGAGUGUCCACCAGGGAGAUCAGCCUGACCAACCUGCAGCUGCAGGACAGCGCCGUGUUCCAGUGCGAGGCCACCAACAAGCACGGCACCAUCCUGGCCAGCGCCAACGUCAACGUGCUCAACAUUGCCCCCCUGAUCCUGACCCCGGAUGAGGAAAACUACGCCACGGUCGUGGGUUACAGCGCCUUCCUGCACUGUGACAUCUUCGCCUCACCUGCAGCAGAUGUCAGAUGGACCAAGGAUGACAGCAUAGAGCCCCUUUCCACAUUCCGCUACGAGCUAAACAAGAACGGCACCCUGGAGAUCAGGGACACCAAGAAGGAGGAUUCAGGAUCCUACGCCUGCUGGGCUGCAAAUUCCGUGGGGAAAAGAGCAAUCACUGCUAAUCUGGAUAUAAGGGAUGCUACAAAACUUGUUGUUACUCCGAAGAGCCCCCGAGUGCUGAAAUCACAUUCAAUUUUAUUGAAAUGCCAGGCUGAGUAUGAUCCCCACUUGAAACACAGCUUUAAAUUAUCCUGGAGGAAGGAUGGGGAUGAGCUGCCAGUCAACAGCACGGAGGGUGGCAGGAUAAUCCUGGAGAGGGAUACCCUGUUCAUACCCAGUGUGCUGCUGGAGGAUCAGGGGGUUUACACCUGCGUGGCCAGCACUGCCCUGGACGCCGCCGAGGCCGAGGCGCACCUGAUCGUUCUGGAUGUUCCUGACCCACCCGAAGACCUCCAGCUCUCGGAAAACCAAAACCGGAGCGUUCGACUCUCCUGGAGGGCUGGGGCCAGCCACAACAGCCCUGUUAAUGAGUCAAUUAUAGAGUUUGAAGAGAACCGCUGGGAGCCGGGGAGGUGGCAGGAGCUGAGCAGAGUGCCAGGGAAUGACACCACAGCCCUGCUGUCCCUGGCGCCCUACGUGAAUUACCAGUUCCGCGUGGUGUCCGUCAACGCCGUGGGCAGGAGCCAGCCCAGCAAACCCUCCCUGCGCUAUGCCACCCCUCCAGCUGCUCCAGAUAAAAACCCAGAGAACAUCAGAGUUGAAGCUUCCGAGCCCAAUGAAAUGGUGAUGAAAUGGGAGCCACUGAAGCCCGUGGAGAGGAACGGGCCGGGGCUGGAGUACAAGGUCAGCUGGAGGCAGCGGGGCGUGGAGGAGGACUGGAACGAGGAGCUGGUGAAGAAGCACUCGCUGAGCGUGCGGAACGUGCCCACCUUCGUGCCCUACGAGAUCAAAGUCCAGGCCGUGAAUAAUUUAGGGUCUGGCCCGGAGCCCAACGUCACCAUUGGGUACUCGGGAGAGGACGUUCCAGAUGCUGCUCCCUCGGGCGUGUCGGUGGAGGUUGUGAACAGCACCCUGGUCAAAGUCUUCUGGUUUGGGAUACCAAGGGACAGAGUUCGUGGGCACCUAAGAGGCUACAAGGUCAGCUGGUGGAAAACAAAAAGCCUGCUGGAUGGAAAGAGGCAUCACCCAGAGAAACACUUCCUGACGUUUGUGGGAGACAGGAACUACGGGAUGAUUCCUGGCCUGGAGCCCUUCAGUGAAUUCCGCUUGACAGUUUUGGCUUUCAACUCCAGAGGAGAUGGCCCUGAGAGCUCCCCCGUGGUGUUUGAAACUCCAGAAGGAGUCCCUGAACAGCCACGUUUUCUCAGGAUCAUGAACUUUGACAAGGACUCAGUCACUCUGUCCUGGGGACUUCCCAAGAAAGCCAACGGCCACCUCACUGGCUACAUUCUGCAGUACCAGAUAAUCAACGAGACGCACGAGGUGGGCGCCGUGAGCGACGUGAGCGUCGCCAACCGCUCGGUGCUGAGCUGGCGCCUGGCGGGGCUCAGCCCCAGCACCAAGUACAAGUUCUACAUCAAGGCCUGCACGGCCAAGGGCUGCGGGAAGGCGGCCACCGAGGAGGGGCUGACGCUGGCCCAAGGCACCUACGCUGGCAUUUACGAGGGGAUCUCCACCCAGGGCUGGUUCAUCGGGUUGAUGUGUGCCAUCGCCCUGCUCACCCUGCUGCUGCUAACGAUUUGCUUUGUCAGGAGAAAUAAAGGAGGCAAAUAUUCAGUGAAAGAAAAAGAAGAUUUGCAUCCAGAUCCUGAAGCUCAAUCAAUAAAAGAUGAAAUCUUUGGGGAAUAUAGUGACAGCGAUGAAAAGCCGCUGAAAGGCAGCCUGCAGUCACUUAACGGGGACAUUAAAGCCACUGGAAGUGCUGAUAGUCUGGUAGAUUAUGGAGAAGGGGAGCAUGGCAUGUUCAAUGAAGAUGGUUCAUUUAUUGGAGCUUAUUCUGGAUCUAAGGAGAAAGGAUCAGUGGAAAGCACUGGCAGCUCUACGGCAACUUUUCCUCUCCACGCCUAAAAUUGGUGUUUAAUUGUGAUGUUUGUCCUGGUUGGCUCUCCACAGUUCCCACCUGAGCUGGGGAGCAGGGUGCCAGCUGAGCCAGUCAGGAAAACCCUGACAUCCAGGUAACACAACAACGAGUCACUGCCACUAAAAGAUGAUUUUUCCACCCUGAUUUCUAUGUGUUUUCCUCUCAGUAAAACAGGAUAAUUCUUUAUGCUACACGAUGUGUUAGUCUGAGCAAACCAGAGUUUCUCGGUGGUACAUCUGUGUCCUUACCUGCUGCUCCAGGUGUUUCUUAGGCUUGGAAUAUGUUUCUCUGUGUAGUAUUUUUGCUCUGUUUGGCUGUUGUCACGGGUGUAUGUGUAAAAUUCCCUCAUGGCCUCGGUUAUAACCUCGAGGCUGUGGCACCAACAAAACCAGGUUACUCUGCAAAGUGGCACAACGAGGAAAAUUAGAAUUUAAAAUACCAGAGAAAUAUAUUCUAUAUAUUGUAUAAUUUUUCCUAAAGAAUGAAACCCCUUUGUGUAUGAUAUUCAAAAAUCUGUUUUAGUGGUUACAGCUGACUUCAAUUACCAAUAGAAAUGCAGCUUUACCCACAGGAGAGUGUGGGUGAAGCUGCUGCCCAGUAGCUGGCACUAUUUCCUUAAAUAAGUUAAGCUGCAGCUCUUUCCUGUGGCAAGGCAAAACAGGGUUCCCAUCCACCAUCACUCGAAAUAUUUUUCAUUUUUCCCAGCUGCAAGCUGCAUUUCUAAGCAAACUCCUUGGUGUCUGUUCUCAUAUCUGUAUAUUUGUGAGCUAGCCAACAUUUCAUGGAGACAUUGUACAUAUGAUAUUAAUAUUGACACAAGUCCAGAGCAGCCUGGUUUUAUUUUGAGCUGAGACAUGUUGCUAGCAUGGGUCUGUAUAGCUGUGUAGGAAUGAGUAGAAUUGCUUCUCAGUAUGGAUUUGGACCAGCAAAAUUAGUUUUCAGAAGGAGUUGUGUGUAUAGGAAUCAUCCAAACCUCACACCAUUCAAGCAUCACCUGAACUAGACCUACCUGACUUUUAAGAGUUCAUUUCUUUUCAGCCUAUUCACUGUUAAAUAAACAGGAACAAAAGCAAAGAGAAAAUAUUAUGGUAGAGUUUGCUUUCCUAUUUUGUUGACUGAAUGCUGGUUUAAAUCUGGUUCUUUGCCUCUCCAACACUAACUCAGCCGAGCUGUACAGCACAUUUUUUUGGUCUUUUUGUACUGGAAUCUCCUGAAGCUCUUUUUAAUAGCAUUUUGUAUUUUUCAAAUCUGCUUGUUUGAGUAGAGCAUCAACCGUGGCUUCAUUUCUCCUGUCACUCCCAUUUAAAAGUUCUUCAGUAGUUCCUGCAGGAGGAAUAGAUCCUAAAAGCUGUUUGGCAUCCUGAGAACAAUUAGACAAACAUCCCCAAAUGCUCCUCCGUGAUUUCAAUGGAAGAAAGAGAGGAAGCAAGAAUUACUCACCUGGUUCUGAGUUUCCAGCAAGGGCUACAGUUAAGCCCAGGGAAAUGCAGAUUUUUCCCUGUGGAUCCCACACGGCUCUCCCCAGGCUGGGGUUGCUCCUCCGAGCUUGGCAGUUUCUGGAAGUUUUUGGUGCUCAAGCUUCUGCUUAUCUGUGCCUCUUUUUGUGUUUUUAAUUGGAGCUUUUAAGGGCUUUUUAUGUAACCUCUGUUUGGGAAAAGCAGCCCCUCCAAAAGCCCCAUUCAGGCUGUGCCUGUGAGUAUAAAACGGUGAGUGGAAAUCUGCCCUCAAUCAAAAAUUAUCCCAUCCCAUAUCAGUGACCCACAUUUUUCACUUUUUAUUAUUUAUAAAAUCCUAUUUUCUGUAUUUCACUCAAUCCAAGCACCAAAAAAGUCCAAAAUCCUUUUAAUUUUGGGGGGAAAAAGUAAUUUUCCAAAGCAGGCAGUGCACAAUUAGAGAAAUGUGAAAAUUGGUGUCUCAACAACAGAGACAUUUCCCAGCAUCAUCUUUAUCUGCUGACUCGUGUCUGCUGCAGCCCAAACCAGAUAAAAUCUAAGAACUGAUUGGGCUUGUGACAACCUGCUGCUUGCUUUGGGCUGCUUUUAAUGUAUUUCCUUUGGAAAUCAUCUGCAGUGAUCAAAAAUCUUUGAAAAUGAGGGAAUAAAAUUGGGGUGGGCUCCCCCAAAUCCUCCCUUUGGGCAUCACUUUUUCCUGUGGGUCACUGCAGAUAAACCAGAGCCCAGAAAAUGCCUCUGUUAAAUUUCUCUGUUAAGUUUCAGUGAGUGCCAAACGAUGCAAUAAUUGAUGUAAAUCCCUGUUCAGCUCUGGCCCUGCUGCUGCUGUUUGUGAUGCGCUGCUCAGCCGAGCUGGUGGCGCUGCUUUUCCCACUCAGAUUUGAAUUCUCAGCCUUAAAUCUUGAUGUCGGCGUUCCACGAUGCCUCAGGACCUAAAAAUCAAACAAGGAGGAAAAGAUGUGCAAUGGAACCUGGAUUUUUGAACACGGGUUUUGAGGAAUGUGCCCGAUGAAUAUUAAACAAGCGGCUCAAACUCCCAGGAAAUCUCACUUACCUGAGCCCUUCCCCAAUCAUUUCUUUCCCUUUUUUCUUCCUGCACUGGGAUUUUAUUUUCUGCUGUAAAGGUACUUGGAAAGUGCAGGAUAGUGAUUUUUUUUAGAGAUAUUAUUUUGUUUUAAAGUAACAGAGCAAGCUGAGGUUUUCCUGAGGAGUUUUUUGUCAUUGCCAGGAGCUGGGCUGUGUUUUUGUCUUGGUGUGUGACAGGUGAGAGGACGUGUGACCAUGUGGCUCAAUAAAAGUGUCACCAGCUGCACUGCAGUGUUGGAAGGGACCCACAAAGUCACCAAAGUCCAACUUGUGCUCCUGCACAGCCCCAAAAAUGAAACCUUAUUCUGAAAUAGUGCACUGAGUAUUAAAUCUUUGUGUUUUGUUUGUUUGGGACUUUUUUGGAUUUUUUUUUUUCUUCUUUCUGUGGCCAGGAGUGUUUAUUAAAAUUAGCUGCUGGAAAUCUGUGGUGAUGUCAUUAAUUAACACCUAGCAGGGAAUUCCAGCCUGCCUGCUGGGAGGAGAGAGUCCAGCCCUGGGAGCAGAACAGGGAAUUUUUAAUUACCCCGUGCCAUGGCUGUGCUUGGGUUCCUCAGUGCCAGUGUGAGAGGGGAAAUGGCACUUUCAGAUUUGAUAUCCAGGUCAAGCCAGGAUGAAAUUCCAGCUAUCAGGGAGGAGGCAUUUUCCUGGCCCCACAGGUCCAGGUUUGGGGAUUUAAGCAGCCUCUGGAAGAAGAGAGGGAUUUCUUUUUGCUGAAAAAGUUGUGCAGUUUUGACCGUGCAUCAGAUUAAACAAAUAAAAACAGAUCUUCCUAAAUAAUGGGGAAAAACCCCUCUGUCCUUUCUCCCAAGGGAGCUGUUUGGAUUCCCAGAGCAGCAUAAUAUUGAUUUGGUGUGGAUUAAUUUUCCUCUUAUUUUUAUAUAUAUACACAUAUAUAUAUAUAUAAAAAUGUAAUUACAUUAUCAAGAACUUGCAGGAACAGCUCCAGCUUCCCUCUGUGGCAAAAUUAGGGGAUCCAAUCUCCAGAAACCCUCGUGGCUCUGCACUCCAGCAGGAUAAAAUACAGCACUGGGCAUCAAAGCCCUGCUGGGGCUGCAUCUUCAGGAAGAGCAGAAUUAGGAAUCAAAUCAGAAAAUGGCUUUUCCCCUCUGGAUAAAAUUGUGUGUUCAUGUACAAAAAAAAUUAAAAGCCUUCAUUGUAACUCACAUAUUUAAUGGAUCCAAUUAGCAAAUCAUUUAAUGAUUGAUAUUUGAAAUUCCAGUGAGUAGCUCUUUUCCUGGUGACUGCUUCCAUUGACUGAAUGGCUCCAACCCAGUGCACGAGAGGUUUUCAUUGAAGUUUUCAGGCCAAUAUUAUUUUUGACAUGAAAACAAAUAGUAGCACAAUCUUUCUAUAUUAAAAAAAAAAAAAAAGAAAAAAAGGAAAGAAAGAAGGUGGGGUUUUUAAACAGUGAUUCCACAUUUUGUAAAGAAAAGUUAGAAUAACAUUCACUGCUCGCUGAGCUUUUGAGAGGAAACCUCAGCAUCAUUUUUACAGCCAUUACUUUGCAGAUGAGAAGUGUAUUUAGGUUCUUUUGCUUACCUGUAAGAACAGAUAGAAGGAAAGGAAAUUCUUGACGAAGAAUUCCCUUUGUUUGCCAAUGGAUCACACCCUCAUCCCUGUCAGCGUUCAUGACAAAAAACAAAGGUACAAACCAGCUGGAGUAGCAGGACAUGUUUACAUUGCAGCUCUGGAUCUCUCAUGUCAAAUCUCAAGUGAUCUGCACUGAUUUGUUCUGUUUUCAGGCAGGAGCCCCCGGGGGCUUUGAGCCAAAGCAUUCUGUCUGUUCAUUUUUUAUUAUUACGGUUCUGACUUUAAACAAGAGACUUUGUAAUUUCAUGAGAAAAAGAUCAAAGCAAAUGUGGUGUCACCAUCACAAUGUUACUUUUUUUGGGAGCUAAAUGUUAGUGUGCAUUGAUUAAAGUUUAGAGAAACGUGUUGUACUGUAGUUGCUGUUUGUACCACGCAGGUGUGCACGUACGGUUUGAAAAGAUAUUUUCAUUUUACAUGAAAUACAACUUUGCUAAUAAAAGUUUGACUUGAUGUAAUCUUCAAAA